GCAUUACGGGAACCCACGAUGUAAUACUGCCAAUUUUGGCAUGAUUGGAAAGUGGACUCUCUUUGCAGCUUGGAAGACAACGAAUUAUGGUGCGAUUUUUUUUUUCAUUUUCUGUUGAUAAUAAUGUGGAUUUCCUUGAAAUAAUCCAGUUCUAAGGCAUCAAUUCCAGAAACUUUCCCUACAUCGGAAGCUCAUCACAAAAUUAGAAUCAAUCCUGACUAAGCAUUUGUGGGAUUGCCAGCCUCGCUGCAACCAUGCCUCCCGUCAACCCACAGCAGCAACAACAGCAGCAGCAGCAACAGCAGCAACAACCUCCCAAUGCCGACGCUGCACGUAACAACAACAACAACCCCAACCCCUUACUCAACGUCCGUGACCGACUGUUUCACGCCCUGUUCUUCAAGAUAGCCAUCACAUACGCCCGGGCCUUCCCGCCAUCCGUGCGGCGCUUUUUUGAGUUUGCAAUAUUGAUGAAGGCAUUGACGGCCCUGUUUGUGCUGGCCUACAUCCAUAGCACGUUCUCCCGUACUCCCAUCAACUGCCUGGUGGACUACCAGGAGGUGUGGCCUCGCGACGGUAUCCUGAGGGUGGAGAUUGUCCACAACAGGACCAGUCCGCAGGCCUUCUCCAUCUAUAACAAGAAGGGACAGGCGGGGAGCCAGACCUGUACCGGCGCAGAUACUGACGCAGACGAUCUCAACGGAUUCAGCCGGGCGCCCAUGUUUUGGGAGUAUCCAGGCAAGGAAAUGAGCAAGGAACCAGAGCCACAGACCCCAGAGGGCGCUAUUGAUCCGGACGAGGCCAACAUCACAGUGGACAUCAUGGUGACAGAGAAGCCAGUCAAGAACAUGCAGCCCUUCAGAGAGACGGUCUCCGAAUUUGAGAUGUUCACGAGAGCAGUGUGGCCAGCAGAUGAGUACAUCAUGGAGUAUUCUCUUGAAUAUGGAUUCCUUCGAUUGUCCUCUAGUACGAGGGAGAAACUUGGUAUCCCGGUCAUGGUGGUGCAACUGGAUCCUACCCAGGAUGUGUGCUUUGGUGAUUCUCUGAGCCGCUUCUUUCUGGAGGAGUUUCUUGGGUACGACGAUAUCCUGAUGUCUAGUGUCAAGAGUUUAGCUGAACACGAGGACAACAAAGGUUACCUGCGUAAUGUUGUGACUGGUGAGCAUUAUCGCUUCGUCAGCAUGUGGAUGGCUAGGACGUCCUACAUCGCCGCCGGUUUCAUCAUGCUUAUCUUCACCAUCUCCAUCUCUAUGCUGCUUAGGUACUCGCACCAUCAGAUCUUCGUUUUCAUUGUGGACUUACUACAGAUGUUGGAGAUGAAUACAGCUAUCGCUUUCCCUGCUGCACCACUCCUGACUGUCAUUCUUGCUCUUGUGGGUAUGGAGGCGAUCAUGUCCGAGUUUUUCAACGACACAACCACAGCAUUUUACAUCAUCCUGAUAGUAUGGGUGGCCGACCAGUACGACGCAAUAUGCUGCCACACCAAUAUCAGCAAGAGACACUGGCUCAAGUUUUUCUAUCUCUAUCAUUUUGCGUUCUACGCCUACCACUAUCGGUUCAACGGUCAGUACAGUGGCUUAGCGUUAAUCACUUCUUGGUUAUUCAUUCAGCAUUCCAUGAUCUACUUUUUCCACCACCAUGAGUUACCAACCAUCCUACACCAGGCACGGAUACAGUUGCUUCUUCAGCGUAAUCAACACGGUGGGAUGCACGGAGCAGGACUCAACGCCAACCUAAAUCUCAACCUACAGGAUAACAUACCCCCGGACAUACCCGCUGACGAUACCCAGGCCCCACCCCAGGACGCUGCCCGAGUCGACGCCAACAGCGGCGUGAACAAUGUGGGUACGAACACACAGAAUCCAGCGCCGACUGUUCCCACUACGCAUCAAGCGCAACCAGCGCCCACGGUACCCAGAGUGAUCAACCCCACCAUUUGGCAGUAUCAUCUAGGAUCGGUGCUCCGGCGGCGAGUAGCCGUCCCCACUCAAACAACUCGCCGGUACCCGCCGAGCGCCGGUUCCAGUCCCCACGCCCCUUCAGCCAAUGUAAUAGUCGUCAACUCUGUAAAUUCCACCCAUCAGCAGCGGACUGUGCCAACGUCAGAGACUGAACGUCCCAGUAAUGAACAAAAUAAUACAGCCAGUACGUCAACUGAGGGACUGAGUAACAACGUACAAGCAUCAACAAGUAAAGCUAGUGGACCUUUAAAUGAGAGUGAAUCACCGUCAGUAAGCAAAACCAAUUCCAGCUUGCCUUUCGACAAAGAAAACCCUGCCGAUAACUCAAAUGCGACCAGUGCAGAACCUAGAUUGAGUAACUCUGUGGAUGGCGGAACGAGUGUUUGACUCGACAAACGAGGAGUUGUCAGAGUUUGAGUCACGAGCGUGACUCAUUAUGCAUAUGGCACUUAGAUGCACUUUGAGUGUUCAUUGUCAGAGUUAGGUUGCUCAUGGAAGUUCCGAGGAAAAGACCAAGCCAGAACUCUGUAGACUUUGUGUGCUGGGCCGUAAAACUGAAAAGUCGACAAAAGAAUAUUUUUAGCCCUGAACUGGAAAAAAAAAAUGUAGUAGUUGAUCCAUCCCAUGAUGCAUUUGUGUCAGAUUAGAAUUACCCACGAUGCAUUGCAUUAUCUCAAUCACGUGCAUUUUCUUGCUGUUGGAAUUUAACGAGGUCAUCUAUAUGCCAUCCAUUCCUGAGAGAUUAAUUUAUUUACCGUUUGAUAUUAUAACAACAGCAUGAACACUGAGAUCUUAAAAAAAUGUAACAUAAUUUUGUGCAAUCAAAUUAAUUACCGUAUUUUUUAAUGCAAGUGACUUCAUGUGGCAUUAAGUUACUGGGUUUAUAUCUAUUGGCUAUGUGCUUGAACAAAGAGGGCGCUUUGCAGAGUUUUUUUUUUUUUUAGACUACCAACGUGUUUGAAGAUUUAUCUUCAUCAAGUGAAUAUUCAUCUGUUUACAUUUGGCAGUUAAUAGGCAAGUUUGAUGGAGAGACAUAGGCUGACUAGUAGUCGACUCAUGACAUAUAUUAUUGCAUCCGUAAUCUCUAAUCGAAUGAUGGUCUAAUGCCAUCAACAAAACUUCUUGGUGUUGGCUCCUUGCUGUAAAUUAUGACACGUGUCACUGUAGGUAAUGACGUCACAUGACCCAUGAUGACGUCAUCGAGCUUCGCUGACCGUCUUUGGACUAAGGUGUCUCCGUGUGCCAACUUUGAUUGAGACAUGAGGUUUAGAGGUGACAAAAGUCGUGUCCAGAAAAAUCGUGUACAAAGUCCAUGAGAUUUGGGAUAGAACAAAAAUAAACUAAAGAAGAAAAAAACUAAUCAGAAGAAAAACAAAGGCUUUUCCGGAUAUUGUCUGGGAAAAACCAAUCAGUGGUCAAUCCAACCUCGGUAGGCUGGUCCAAAAUAGUCGACUGAACUCGUCCAGUUAUAGUUAAGUUAGUUAAAACUGUGGUUUACUAUAGUUCUCAAUUUUGGUCAUGGGAAGCUGGCUGGUUCCCAGUCUCAGCAUUAUACUCUGUAUGGCAAAAGCAGGUGACGGGAACCACUCAUGGCGCGAGAGUGCUUACUUGUUCCUUACUUGUUCGCGUGUGCUAAUACCUUCUGUUAAGAUUUCAGUAUCACACUCACAGUACCCUGCAUCUAUGUCAAGCAAAUGCUACAUUAUAUACACUGACUUGGACUUAAUCGCUGAAAUGCCUCGGUAAAAAACCCGUGUGGAAUUUUAGGGAAAUGAGGUUUUUCUUUUUAGUUUCUCGCUUAGUUUACCUAGGUUAUAGACUUUAGACGUGAAAGUGGGAAGGUCCAUUAACAGAAUUAAUAAUCACAAACUCUUUUUAUCUGCCUCGUCUCCGAAAGUGACCAAAAUACGACAACAUUUUGAAAAUGUGAAAUGCCUGUGCAAAACAACCCAUAGGGAAUGUUGGGGAAUUUAGGAUUCUUAUUAAAAAGUUUGUCUUGCGUAUUUUAUGUGGGUUAUACACUUGAGAAGUGAAAGUGGGAAGGUCCAUUUUGUAAAAGAAUGAUGAAUUAUAAACUCCCUAUUAUUUGCCGUGUCUCUGAAAUUAUGCGACCAAAUUCCCAAAAUGCAGUGACAUUUUGAAGAUGUGUAGCACGUCUUCGCAGAAUGUCUAUACAGUAUUGUGUGAAACAUUUACAGAAUAUACUGUACAGAUUCUCAAUAGAUAUUAAAAUAGUGGUGUAAGUAAAUCUACAGUUAUGCUGGAUACCUGUAGAAUACCAUAUAUUAUCUAGAUAUUUUGCAGAUAUUCUUGAAAGGGUUCUGUGUAGCAUCUGCAGAUAUCUGGAAAAUUAUCUGAAGAAUAUUAAAUCUAUAUCCACUGGCAUAAUUAUUUAUGUGGUAUCUGCGACAGUCAGCUAUCAUGGGCAUUAAUAUUCUGUGGGAUACUCACCAUCAGCGAAUAGUGGAAAAAGUUGGUAGUCUCUAAAGCCGUUUACUAAAACCCAACUCAUGCGAUAUAUAUUUUUUUGCAAGUCCUAGCUUUGUGAAAUAAAGGUAUCGUAGAACGGCAUUAGUUGCGAAGAUUUAAACAUAUUUCCAAAUUAUUAUUUUGUUUUUAUAUAGCCCCCCC